UACACUGACUCCGCCUUCUGCUCUGCCGGUACAGAACCCUUGUGUGUGACCACGCGCUGAAUAAUACAAUGUUGGGCGGACCGGUACUCGUAUUGAACCAGAACAUCAAGAGGGAGUCUGGGCGGAAGGUGCAGACUGGGAACAUCACUGCCGCCAAGACCAUCGCAGACAUCAUCAGAACAUGCCUCGGCCCGAGAGCCAUGAUGAAGAUGCUGCUGGACCCCAUGGGUGGAAUCGUGAUGACCAAUGAUGGCAACGCCAUCCUGAGAGAGAUCCAGGUCCAGCACCCUGCAGCCAAGUCCAUGAUUGAGAUCAGUCGCACGCAGGACGAGGAGGUGGGAGACGGAACCACAUCAGUCAUCAUUCUGGCUGGUGAAAUGCUGGCUGUGGCGGAGCAGUUUGUGCAGCAGAUGCACCCUACAGUCAUCAUCAGCGCCUACAGACAGGCACUGGAGGACAUGCUCAACACACUCAAGGACAUCAGUGUUCCUGUGGACGUGAGUGAUAGAGCGAUGAUGCUGAAGAUCAUCCACUCUGCCAUCAACACUAAGGCCUUGAGCCACUGGUCGGGUCUGGCCUGUAGCAUCGCCCUGGACGCCGUGCGCACCGUGGAGACCCACAGCAACGGGCGCAAGGAGAUCGACAUCAAGAAGUACGCCAAGGUGGAGAAGGUUCCUGGAGGCAUAAUCGAGGACUCGUGUGUGUUGAGUGGUGUGAUGGUGAACAAGGACGUGACGCACCCCAGCAUGCGCAGAAUGAUCCGGAACCCACGCAUCGUCCUGCUGGACUGUUCUCUGGAGUACAAGAAGGGAGAGAGUCAGACGGACAUUGAGAUUACGCGUGAGGAAGACUUCACCCGUAUCCUGCAGAUGGAGGAAGAGUACAUCUUGCAGAUCUGUGAUGACAUCAUCAGGGUGAAGCCUGACCUGGUGUUCACUGAGAAGGGGGUGUCAGACUUGGCUCAGCAUUACCUCAUGAAGGCCAACAUCACCGCCAUCCGCCGCAUCAGGAAGACUGAUAACCACCGCAUCGCCAGGGCGUGUGGCGCUCGUAUCGCGAGCCGGACGGACGAGCUGCGGGACGACUAUGUGGGCACCGGCGCCGGGCUGUUUGAGGUGAAGAAGAUCGGAGACGAGUUCUUCACCUUCGUCACCGAGUGCAAAGACCCCAAGGCCUGCACCAUCCUACUGAGGGGGGCCAGCAAGGAGAUCCUGGCGGAGGUGGAGCGUAACCUGCAGGACGCCAUGCAGGUGUGCCGUAACGUGCUGCUGGAGCCCAGCCUGCUGCCGGGCGGUGGCGCGGUGGAGAUGGCCGUGUCCAAGCGCCUCACGGAGCGCUCGCGGUCCCUCACCGGGGUGGAGCAGUGGCCCUACCGAGCCGCCGCGCACGCCCUCGAGGUGCUGCCACGCACCCUCAUACAGAACUGUGGAGCCAGCACCAUCCGCACGCUCACCUCCCUCAGGGCAAAGCACAGCCAGGAGAAGAGCUCUGUGUGGGGCGUUAACGGGGAGACGGGCACCCUGGCAGACAUGGAGACACUGGGCAUCUGGGAACCAUUGGCCGUCAAGGCCCAGACCUACAAGACUGCUGUGGAGACGGCCAUCCUGCUCCUGCGCAUCGAUGACAUCGUGUCGGGACACAAGAGGAAGGGCGAGGAGCAGACAGGGGGGGGUCAGGGGGCGGAGUAGAGACAGGAAGCCACGUCACGCCACGUCCCAUCACGCAGGACACGUCACGCAGGAGAGGGACGACCAGGAGGCAGGAGACACAAAUGGGCGCCUGAAUGUUGUGUGACAUGAACACCAUCAUAAGCACAGAGUGAUCACGAGCACGUCACUGAUUAAAUAUCUCUUCUGCACCAAUCAGUCAAGAGAUUGGUCUGUGGAGAGGAAGAGAAGCAUCUCUAUAUCUCUCUCUCAAAUUAAGAUAACUAACUCCAGAUGUUUUCAGGUCAUGCAAUGGACAAAGUGCAUUUUACAGGUUAUUCAAACUCAGCCAAACACAUUUCACCUCCAGCUCAGUCAUCAGUUUGUCUCCGUUCUCCUAAAGAAUCUAUUUAUUUAUUUCUCGUCAGAAUUCAAGUCUCUUCAAGUAUUGCCUUCCUUCCCGGGGCUUUCAGUCAACAGCAUCCUUUUGCAGACAUGUGUGUCUCUCUGAAUGUGUGUGUGUGCGUGUGUGUGUGUCUGUGUGUGUCUCUCUGAAUGUGUGUGAGCUGUGUGUGUCUG